GAUGGCGGCGGUGGAGCUGGAGUGGGUGCCCGAGACGCUCUAUAACACGGCGAUCUCGGCCGUGGUGGAUAGUUACGGGCGGGCCCGGCGCCGCGACAUCCGCUCUCUGCCCGAGAACAUCCAGUUCGACGUGUACUACAAGCUUUACCAACAAGGUCGCUUAUGCCAGUUGGGUAGUGAAUUCUGUGAACUAGAAGUUUUUGCAAAGGUGUUACGAGCUUUAGAUAAAAGACACUUGCUUCAUCACUGUUUUCAGGCUCUGAUGGAUCAUGGAGUAAAAGUUGCUUCUGUGCUGGCCUAUUCAUUCAGUAGAUGGUGCUCCUACAUAGCAGAAUCAGACUCUGAUGUAAAAGACAAAGCAAUCCAGAUUGGUUUUGUUUUAGGAGGGUUCCUAUCAGAUGCUGGCUGGUACAGUGACGCUGAGAAAGUGUUCAGUUCCUGCCAUCAGUUAUGUUCCCUUCAUGAUGAGAUGCCUCACUGGUGUCGUGCAGUAGAAUGUUGCGUAAGAUUGCUGCAUGUUCGAAAUGGCAACUGCAAAUACCACUUGGGAGAAGAAACAUUCAAACAAGCUCAGUCUUAUAUGGACAAACUUGCAAAACAUGGUCAAAAGGCAAACAAAGCAGCACUUUAUGGGGAGUUGUGUGCACUGCUCUUUGCAAAGAGCCACUAUGAUGAGGCUUACAAGUGGUGUAUAGAAGCUAUGAAGGAGAUCAAAGUUGGCUUGCCAGUAAAAGUAGUGGUGGAUGUCUUAAGACAAGCUUCAAAGGCUUGUGUUGUAAAACGAGAAUUUAAGAAAGCUGAACAGUUAAUAAAACAUGCAGUAUAUCUAGCACGGGAGCAUUUUGGAGCCAAACACCCAAAAUAUUCAGACACUCUAUUAGACUAUGGAUUUUACUUGCUCAACGUAGAUAAUAUAUGCCAGUCUGUUGCAAUCUAUCAGACAGCUCUUGAUAUCCGACAGUCAGUGUUUGGAGGUAAAAACAUCCAUGUAGCUACAGCUCAUGAAGACUUGGCUUAUUCUUCUUAUGUUCACCAGUAUAGUUCUGGAAAAUUUGACAAUGCACUAUUCCAUGCUGAACGUGCUAUUGGCAUUAUCACUCACAUUCUUCCUGAAGAUCAUCUUCUCUUGGCCUCUUCCAAGAGAGUUAAAGCACUUAUCCUGGAGGAGAUUGCUAUUGACUGUCACAAUAAGGAAACUGAGCAGAGGUUACUUCAAGAAGCUCACGAUUUGCACCUAUCUUCACUCCAGUUAGCUAAAAAAGCCUUUGGGGAAUUCAACGUACAGACAGCAAAACACUAUGGCAACCUGGGCAGACUUUAUCAGUCAAUGAGAAAAUUUAAGGAAGCAGAAGAAAUGCACAUCAAAGCAAUUCAGAUUAAGGAGCAGCUUCUUGGUCAAGAAGAUUAUGAAGUCGCCCUAUCAGUGGGACAUCUAGCUUCUCUCUAUAACUAUGACAUGAAUCAAUAUGAAAAUGCAGAAAAGCUGUAUCUGAGAUCAAUCGCAAUCGGAAAGAAGCUUUUUGGCGAAGGUUACAGUGGACUAGAAUAUGAUUACAGAGGUCUCAUUAAACUGUACAAUUCCAUUGGCAAUUAUGAGAAAGUAUUUGAAUACCACAAUAUUUUGGCCAGUUGGAACCGAUUGCGGGAUCGGCAGUUCUCAGUUACAGAUGCUCUGGAGGAUGUAAGCACCAGCCCUCAAUCCACUGAAGAAGUAGUCCAGUCUUUUCUGAUGUCGCAGAACAUUGAUGGACAGAAUAGCUAGAGAACUUGGUCAAUUAACCAAUUAAGUUUUUUCCCCCAGAUUACAAGGGAAAGUCAUACUGUGAAGUCUAAACCAUGUAGUUUUCUGGGGGCUGGAAUUUGCAUUGAAACACUGGUCCAGUCCAUUGAAGAGUGCCCAUACAGAUGAAUACGAGUUAAGUUCUUAUCAGCAUGUGUAUGGCAUGUUUAGUUUGGCUUAUUGAAUUUGAAUACCAAACACCAGGAUCCCCUCCCCCUUCUUCUGCAAAAGAAGCUACUUUGCAGGAAAUCUGCAAAUAAACUUAAA